GCCGACUACCUGCCGGGACGUGGAGGGCUGGACAGACUUGAGCGACUACCCUUGCGCCGAAUAUGUCCAGCACGGGUGGUGUACCAGCACGGGUGCGAAAGGUCCAAACUGGGCAGAUGCUUGGGGCGAGUUCGAUGAUUACUGGCGCAAUGGUUACGCAGCCCCGCAAGCUUGCUGCGCCUGCGGCGGGGGCCAGGUCCACUCUGUCGUCGGAGCCUGGCAAGUGCUGCAUGGUGCCUGCACCAUUGUGGAUAACUGCAUUCAGUCCCCCAACUAUCCUGCGAAUUACAGCAGCAAUGGGCGGUGCGCCAUAGUGACAAACAGCAGCUUCAUGGCUCCUCUGCAACUGGUGGAUUUCUCCACAGAGCUCUUUUACGAUAUCCUGACCAUCAACAACAUGAAGUUCAGCGGCCUGAGGAAGCCUUCCGGCAACUCGGCUGUUGUGUAUAGGGACCCAACAAAAGCCAAGCACAAAAACUACCGCUUCAUGGGGCACGCAGGGUUUGGAGGUCGUCGGAUUGGGGGAUUUGUGGAACGUCUUCCGGUGCAUGGAUUCGGGGACGGUGCAUGUAUAGGGAGUGUUUUCAGAUUGUGA